AUGGACGACAGCGAGCCAUCCUCAACUCCGCUACAUCUACUCCUAAACGCCAUCACAGGGGAGGCGGAAGAGGCCUACGAUUUCACAGGCGAUGAUGGCCACGGAGAAAACCGGAUGGGACACGAGGAGGGGGGUAUGGAAGAGGCACCCUUGAACCUGCAUGACAUGCUGGAGGAUACAGCAUACAACUUCUCAACGGGAGAUGAUUCGUCCGAAACCUUGGCGAAAGCCUCCGCAAUCGCCUCGGCUGAAGCUAGCGAUGGCGAUAACCUCCGGAGGGGCAUCACCCAGCUCGUUACAGAUGGCGCGGCAGCCGCAGCAGGCACGCGGGGUAGCUCGGGAGGGUGGUCGACAAUCCAGGUAUGGCACCCUACAGCCGCACAAAAGAGUUAUGGCAAAGAACGUCGACUGAUUGUACCUCCGCCCUUCGUCCGCAUUUCCGGCCCUAUCCUCCCUUCUAUCACCUCGCUUACCCUCUCAUCGGUUCCCGUCCCCGUCAUCGCGCCCGCCGUAGCGGUCCAGCAUGUCCCGGCUCUCGCACCCUCUUCAUCCCAGACCCAUCGGAUUGUGCCCUCUUCUUCCUCCUUCACAGCCUCCUCUCCAGUCCUCAGAUCCGCCUUUACUCCGACAGCGAUUGAAAAGAAGGGGCGGACUCGCGAGGAGACCCGACGGAUACGGGAAGCUGCGAACCGGACGGGCUUCGGUCCGGGCUGGACCGCGCGAGGCCGAGGAAUGGGUGAUAUGGAUCAAGACCUUUUGAAAGAGGGAAUCACGUUCCCCUCUCUCUGGGUUGGAGGGGGAGAAGACAAGAAGGUGAAGCUUCAGGGAUUCAAGCUGGUACUAGAGGCGCACACCUCGGGGGCGGCGGAGGGAGGAGGCGGAGGCGCUGAGCAAGAGACGCAAUCUCCAUCUCUUGCCCAUAUCGAUCCGGCGGACCCCCCUCCAGCAAUCGCGGGAGCCUUGAUACAUCAAGCCGUUUCCUCCAACUCCGCUCCGUCUACGCCCUGGGCAGCCCUCUCUUCCGGCCUACUCAGCAUCGUUUCCAAACCCUCCAUCAAAACCUCCAAAUCCCGGUCUGUGUCGACCUGUUUCCCCGAGUCCGCCUCAUUCGCCCUCUGGGUGCGAAUAAAUGGCCAAUCAGUCCGCACCAAAUACAUGAAGCUGGACGACAACGCUGCCGAGGCGAGAUUGGCGAGCCGGACGGGCAAGUGGACACCGUUCCGGUUCGAGAUGAUCAAGCGGGCCGAGCUGGUCGGGCCAUACCAUACGGUGGAUCCUGCGGAAGGCGAGGCGGACCAAGAGAGGGUGUUGACGUACGGCUCGAUCGUGAGGCUGGUGGAUAUUCACGGAGGGACAAAGAGCGAGCCGGUCAAGCUGGUCAAGGUGGAGAAGAAUGAGGUGGUUUUGGGGAAAGCCGGAGAGGACGGUGGGGCGGACGCUGAGCACGGUCAGCCAGUCAGCGAGCUGCAGCGGAUCGGAAUGGUCAGAGUGGAUGAUCAGGGCGAGGUGGUACUCGAGGGAGGGAAAAGAACGUACCUGGCCGCUCCGGGAGCUAGGCUAGGUGGAGGGGAAAUGCGGGAACCAGACGAGCAGCAAUCCGUUCAUACCGGUCGGAGACCUAAGCGGCCACGCGCAGCUUCGCCAGUCACGCACUCUCUCGAGGACCAGCCGGCACCUGCAUCACCUGCACCAAAGGCAGCCACGCCACCCGCACCGGUAACGCUGGAAGAGGCCGGUCUUGAUACACUCAACGAUGCGGAGCUUGAUAACGCUUUCGGCCUCAAUGCGAAUCUCGAUCCGGUCCUUCUGGACGAGUCAGCUGUUCAGGCUGCUGUCGUCGCAGCGGUGGAAGCUGAGUCUCCUCCACAGGCUAUGGAGACGGCCGAGCGACCCGCCAAGAGACUCAAGACGAGGCGGAACGCUCUAGCUGCGGCGGUGGUGGCUGAGGAGGAGGACGGAGGGGAGCAGACCGUAUGCACGUGGCAGUCGGCGGAACGGCGAGCAGUGGAGCGGGAAGAGAAGGUCGGGGCGGAGACGGUCAAGACCAGUGUGGAAGUGGAGGUGGUACAGGACUGGAUGGCUUGGUUAAUAGCUGGAGUCGAUAACUUCUCGCAUACCUUCUUCGACCCCUCUCCUUCCCCAGGCGAUACCGCAACGACCCCGCCUAAAUCCCUCUCGCCCGCUCCUCGACUCCUCCUCGACCCCAUCUACCGCCCCAGAUCCAAUACACUCCAACUCACCCUCUCCCACUUCUUCACCAAGCCCGACCUGGAAUCCCCUCCACUCCCGCUAUUCGUCUACCUCGGUACGAUUGGCCCACUACGUGCUUCGACUUGGCGCUCCGCUCAGCGGUCUACUUCGGUCAAAGGCGCGAAUCAAAGCUCAACGGCUCGGUGCCUACGGUUCGAUGGCGAGCUCAGCGCAUACACCACCGGCGAUGAGAGAGGCGAGGAAGAUCCCGUUCUUUCGUCGUACCCAGCGGGGUCUGAUCAUGUGAUCGUCGUGGUCGAUCUACCAGAGCUCGCAGAGACCAUGCGAACGGCGGAUCUGCUGCGAGCCCAAGUAGAUAACUCAAUGCCGCACUCGAUCGGGCACGUAUCGGGCGGAUCGGGAGCUGCCAAUAUCGAGCCAGAAAUGGUCGAUCCUCCGCACACGCUCAACGCGCUCGCGGACUAUCCGGCCGACAACGCAGCACCUCCAGCAUGGGCGGACACAGUCUCAGGCUUCGAUACCGCCGAGCUCGAGGUCGACGGGAAUGAGGCGAUUCGGCAGGCGCUUCAGAGCGUCAGUCAAGCGGCGGAUCAAGAAGCUCGUGCGGAACUCAGCAUGGCAGAUGAGGAAAGCCAAGAGAUGCUUGAUCCGGAGUUGCGAGAGAAGGAGGAAACGCUGGACCAUCCCGCCCAGGCGCCGCUGUCUACCGUUCAGCUCGUCGGCGGGUCGCGACCACCGCAUAUAUCGGCAGGCCACGAGGGAGCUGUCUUGGGAAGAUCGCCGCUCCCGAUUCUCCUUGUGAGACAGGCGGACGAGCUGGUAUUUGGGCUAGGGAGGAGCGUCGUGGUCGGGCGACAUGAUGAGGAGGAGGGCACAUAUGAAGUCCAGGUCGUUGUCAGUUGA